UCCAAGCCAUUCUAAAGAAAAUUUUCUGUACAUUUUUUAGUUAAAGACUAUUUCCGUUUUUAAUUAAGAAACAUUUUAAUUUAUUAAAUAAAAUAAGACAUGUAUUAAUUAAAUAAAGUAGAAAAUUAAACACACAAUCAAAAGCAUUUAGCGAAAAGCAAAACAACUUAAACAAAAUGGCGGUCUUAGGAGCUCAAUUGGUGAUUACACUGGUAAUGGUCAGUGUAAUACAAAAAUUAAAUCCACACUUUUCAUUUGCCAAAUGGAUUUUGUGUUCAACCGGCUUAUAUCGUUACUUAUAUCCCACCGACGACGAACUGAGAACGAAGGCAGGUGUGCCGAAGGAGAAACCCCAAAAAGGCGGCUACAAGGGCAGCAAGCAUCAGCAGAAUGGCCACGCCUACUCAAAGGAGGGUCAAUUCCAUAUACCACGUAGUUUAGACAUAGAAUUGGAAACCACACCGGUUGUAGCUAAAGAUGUUAUAUAUCUAAGAUAUUUCACCGAAUACCAAUGGCUGGUGGAUUUUAGUGUAUAUGCUGCCAUUGUCUAUAUUAUUUCAGAGGUUUUUCACUAUUUCAUUCCUCUUAAGAACGAGGUCAACUUGAGUAUGGUGUGGUGUAUGUUGGUUAUAUUCUUUGCCAUUAAAUUAUUGACUUCUUUGACAGUUUUAUACUUUCAAAGUGAUGAGUCUAUUGGUGAACGUUCCAUGGUCAUUGUUGCUUGUCUGGUUUAUUUGCUAAUAGCCAUGAUUGUUUUAAUCAUAGAUGAGAGUAUAUUGGAAACUGGCUUGGAAGAUGCUUAUAGCAGCUUUAAUUCAAGUGCUUACAAAUUCUUAAGCGAACAGGGUUUAUAUUCGUCUGGUCCAGCUUCAAAAAUUGUUGUUAAAUUCUUUAUGGCACUGGGCUGUGGUGUUUUGGGUUCAUUAUUUACAUUUCCCGGUCUACGUAUGGCAAAGAUGCAUUGGGAUUCAUUGAGAUAUUGUCGUGAUAAUAAAUUUCUGCAAAUUUUAUUGAAUAUCAGUUUUGUUCUGCCAUUUAUUUUGGUGAUUUUAUGGAUUAGACCCAUCAGUAGAGAUUACUUAACGGUGCGUGUAUUUCAAGGCAUGGAACAACCUUUGCUUAAACCUCAUAUAUUUGAAACUUUGCGCUUGUUGUUGGUCAUAUGUGUGGUGGUAUUGAGAUUUGCUUUAAUGCCUAUCUAUUUGCAAUCGUAUCUUAAUUUGGCUCAUGAUAAAAUCAUGGAUUUACGCCAAGAAGCUGGUCGUAUAACAAAUUUUGAAUAUCAGAAAAAAAUAUCUUCCAUUUUCUAUUAUUUGUGUGUGGUUACUUUGCAAUUUGUGGCUCCUUUGAUUUUGUGCUUGUAUCUUACAUUAAUGUAUAAGAGUUUGGGUGGUUUUAGCUGGACUGGCAUCUUUACUGAAACCGUUUUACAGCAUGAAUGUUCCGCAGAAUUGGAACCAGCCGCCGAUUCCAUGCAAGACUUUAUGGACGGCAGUGGCAUGGCUUUACUAACAGAAGAAUCAGAAACUGAAUUCAAUAUUUUAGAAUCGGCACAAAAUUUACAAAACUCCAUAAUGAGUUUGAAAAAUGUGUUCAGCAAAGAGGUUUAUAAAGGGUUCUUGGGUUUUGCCACUUGGUGGAGUUAUUUCACCUUAUUUGCCACUUCAUCUUUGGGCAUUGUUUAUCAGUCAUAUUUCAACAAAACCUGAAAUCCCUUUUACCCAUCUCGAACUCCGACAAGCAAUAAUUUAUUUGAUAAGAAUUUGUUAAGUUAACACAUCAAAUUUUAAAGUCACUAGUUAGUAAUAUAUUUGAGAUUAAGUUGUAUUUUCAUUUAUUAAAUUUCAUUUCAAAACAUCCAAGCA